CUCAGCAAUCGUAGAAUAGAAUACACCAUGGCAGCUACAAARUUCCGGAUUCUUCCGCUAGUGCUGCUCGGGUCCUUCCUUUGCUUUCUGCUGCUCCCCUCGGAGACGCUCGGGAGGGUAGGAGGCACRGUCUCUCGAAAUGAUGGUGUGCUCGAUGACGAAGCCAACGACGGAAACACCUCCCACAACAAACGACAUCUGGGAGGAGGCUACGGCGGACACAAACCCACACGGUACAACAACAACCACCCUGGCAAGCACCACGGCCACUAUGAAACACGCAACGUGUAUUUCCGACCCAUCACUAAGCCGAAGCAUCACGGAUCGUACUACUAUAUCAAGCGGCCUGUYGAGGAUCCGAGGAAACCCAAGCCGCAACCCACCGCCAUCCACAAACCCUCGCACCAGCCCACAGCAACACCUCACCACAAUCAUGAUCACGAAUACGGUCACGAUCACGAGCCCGAACCAAACCAACCCAGCUUCGGCCUGAGCUUCAUACCUAUUUCGGACCGGGACAAGGAGGAGGAACAGUCAGGUUUCCCCRUUGCUUCGCCAGUGGAGGCAGAGACACCAACCCCCACCCAAUCGCCAUCGGAGUCGAAGGCCUUGACUCCCGAGCCCACUGCUGUUGUCCCGUCGCCGACCCCCGACCUCACCACCGGUAGUGUUGGCGAUUCCAGCAUCCCCAUUCCGGACGGUGAGAGCGACCAACAGCAGAACGAACAGAGCACCAACAUUGAUGUGGGAGAACCCUCUGAAAUCCAGCGUCGGAUUGCUGCGCUUGCCCUGGGAGGUGGAGCCGAAUUUGAGGAUCCUUCCUCGUACCAAUCUGCCGCCCUGAGAAGGGUCGAGCAGCAGGACGGUGCCAACGCUAUGUCGGACGCCAAACUGAUGCAGUACUUUAGCCUUUACUGCAUCUUUGCGUCAACAAACUCCAAAUCCAACGAUUUUAUCCGCCAGUCCCGGGCCUUCGAUGGUGAAGAGAUACCUGGUUGGACGUCCAACAGCGGCUGGCUCGAAACCAAUUCUGAUCCCUGCGUUGGCGAUGGUUGGUGGGGGAUAACUUGCUUUGACGACAAGGUCAUCAACCUCGACCUCUUCGACAACGGCUUGACGGGUAACUUUCCUCCCGAGGUCGUUUAUCUGGCCGGUGAUGGGCCCCACUCGACAGGGGCGGGAGAGUUGGUGGCACUUGAUGUCUUCAACAACCGGCUCAUGUCCAACAAUGGGGACAACUCGUGGAUGGGAGAUCUGGGAUCGCAGCUCGGUGCGUAUAUUCCAAUGGAUACUGUCAGGGAAUUUGGGGCAGGAUCUUGUUUGGAGGCACCCGAUUAUACUUUCUUCGAAUCAAUGAUGCCAAUUUUCCCUCAAAGAGAUCUUUCUCAUUUUUUUUAAAUCGCUUCUUUCGCAUUUCAGGAUAUCUCUACAUCCAGAACACUGUUUUCUCGGGGCAACUGCCGACCAAAUUCCCCGAGGGACUCGUCGAACUGGACAUCGCCAACAGCAUGAUCACUGGUGGCUUGGAUGGAGCCGCAUUUGAGGGCCUGGACUCACUUCGGUUCUUGUUGAUGGACGGCAUCCAGGUGAAUGGAACUAUUCCGGCGGAAAUUGCAAGGCUGCCGAACCUCGAGUACUUUUUUGCGACUGAUUCGAUGAUCACGGGAGACUUGAGCUACAUGGAAUCUAUGUCGGUGAUCUUCGAGCACUGGGUUGACCGAAACCCGGGGCUGGGCGGAACCAUCCCUUCCUUCCUCGGAGAUCUGACAACCCUCCAGUCUUUCUCGAUCGCCGAGUGCAGCUUCACCGGGACCAUCCCGGAGACCAUCGGAAACCUGGAGCUGAUGCAGCAGAUGUGGCUGUACGGAAACCAACUCAGUGGAGAAAUUCCCGCCUCUGUUGGUGACCUGAAGUUCAUGAGGAUUUUUGAGGUGGAGGGAAACAACCUUAGCGACAGUAUGCCGCAGAGCGUGUGCGACAACUUCCAGCAGGGAAUGCUACAGGUCCUCGGCGCCGAUUGCGACAGGAUUAACGUAAGUACAACAGGAUACGAUAAAUGCUAUGCGGAGUCCUGGUUCAUUUUGUUUGGGCAUUGCUUUGUGCAUCUGAGGUGAUGCUCUAUCGUGAAAAGACUCUAACGAUCGUUUCUUUCUUCCUUUUCUUGUCCCAUCGCAGUGCCCGUGUUGCACUUGUUGCUCCAUUGACGAGUGCCGGAAACCAACGGUAUAAAGGAGCCAUCUCUCGAGUUCGCAACCAAAUCAAACGAAAAGUUAAGUUUAAAGAGAUAGAAUGCCACCCGAUGCAUCGAUUGAUUCCCAUCGAAGGAAUGUUUGCUGCCCUAAUCAAAUGGAUUUUAUUCGCCAUGCAAAUUACCACGCGAAUACCAGACGGGGCAACACUGGGGAUCGUUGGACGGUGCUGUUUGUCUCGGGUCGAUCCAAGCGCAUUCACAGUUUAAACUACUACCAUGACCCAAAAAUACUUGUAACACCACUCCUACCACUACAAAUGCACGGCGAAUAAUAUAUAUUUUAUCAC